GAAGGGCCACUAGAGGAAAUUGUUGAAGAAAUAAUAAAACCUCUUCCAGCACUAGAAAAAGUUAAGCCUACGGAAGUAGAAGAGGUAAAGGAACAAAUAACUAUUACGGAGGAAAUAACCAAAGAAGGCAAACCUAAAAAAGUCACGAAGAAAAAUAUAAUCAGACGUAAAGGAAAGAAGCAACAGGUGACUGAAUUUAUUACUAUCGAAGAGCAAGGAAAGGCUCCGGUCACAUCUGUUACUGAAUGUCCAGUAGAAGAAAUAGUUGAUGAGAUUGUUAAAUCACUUCCCGCGCUUGAGGAUGUCAAGCCUGCAGAAGUGAUGGAAAUGCAAGAGCACGUAAUCCUUACCAAAGGUGUUAUUAAGGAAGAGAAACCGAAAGAGAUUACAAUGAAGAAGAUAAUUAAACCUACAGGCAAAGAAGAAGAAAUAGUUACUGUUGAAGAAAAAGAAAGACUACCUAUUACGACAGUGUCUGAGGAUCGUGUAGAAGAAAUACUCGAAGAAUUGUCGGAACCAGUUUUGUUAAUUGAAUAUGUUAAACCAACUGAAGUAGAAGGUGUACGUGAAGAAAUCACGGUCACCGAAGAAGUAACUAAAGAAGGAAAACCAAAGAAAAUAACUAAAAAGAGGACUAUCACACGUAAAGGCAAAGAACAACGAGUAAUAGAAGAAGCUACGGUUGAAGAACAAGACAAACCUCCAGUAACUAUUAUCACUGAAGGUCCUAUUGAAGAAAUAGUUGAAGAAACGGUAAAAGCUUUACCUGUACCCAAAUAUAUGAAACCAGGUGAUGUAGAAGAAGUCCGUGAACAAGUUAUUAUUACUCAAGAAAUAACCAAAGAAGAUAAGCCAAAGAAGAUAACCAAGAAGAAAGUUAUCAAACUCAAAGGUAAGAAACAACAAGUGACUGAAAUUGUUACCAUUGAAGAACAAGGAAAGAAACCCAUUACAACUAUAACAGAAGGACCUGUUGAAGAAAUAAUUAAAGAUUCUAUAAAACCAUUCGUAAAACCAUCCGAAAUAGAAGAAGUUCACGAACAAGUGACUGUCGUUGAAGAAAUAAAGGAAGGCAAACCUAAAAAGAUUACUAAGAAAAAGAAAAUUAGACAAAAGGGAAGAGAACAACAAAUAUCUGAAACUAUAAUUGUUGAAGAAGAAGGAAAGUUGCCAGUUACAACGAUUACCGAAGGUCCUACAGAAGAAAUAAUCGAAGAAACUGUGAAAAUUCUGUCUGCUCCAGAAUACAUUAAACCAAAUGAACUGGAAGAGAUUCGUGAACAAGUUACUAUCACACAAGAAAUGACCGAGGAAGGCAAACCUAAGCAAAUUACGAAACAAAAGACCAUGAAACGUAAAGGAAAGAAACAACAAGUGACGGAAGUUGUAAUAGUUGAAGAGGAAGGCAAAUCUCCUGUCACAACUAUUAUUGAAGGUCCUGUCGAGGAAAUUGUAAAAGAAACUAUAAGAGCACUUCCUAUUUUAGAACGUGUAGAACCAACAAAAGUGGAAGAAGCAGUUGAAGAAGUAACUGUUACUGAAAUUGUUACCGAGGAAGGUAAACCAAAAAUCGUUAAGAAGAAAAUUCCUAAAAAAGUUUCUAAAAAAAUGUCUGUUCCUAAAGAAGAAAAAGAAGAAGUUCCAGAAAUUUUUGAAAUUUCUGAACUUCCAAGAAAACUUAAGAAACCAAUUAAACUUGAACGUCACAAAAUAACUAAAGUCGAAGCCACGAAACUCGAAAUACAAGAAAUAUCUGUAGAUAAACCUCAAUUUGCACAAAUUAAAUUGCGUAAAACUCCAAUCGUAAAACGACCUGUGGAAAAGAAAGAAAAAAUUCCUCGAGUUCUUCUUCGAAGUCGAAUUACAUCCAUAGAAUGGCCUCCAGCCAUAAAAUAUUUGAAAAUGGAGGAAUUUGAACCGAAUGAAGUUCAAAAUGGUAUUUUGUCUCGCAAUGUCGAAGAAGCUGCCACUUUACCAAAAUCUAAGAAGAAGAAGUUGAAACGUUUGGAAAAGGAAAUAACCAAACUAGAAAAGCUGGAUCAAGAAUUCGAAGAAUUGAAAAAAGAAUUACCUCUGGAAAAACUUGAAGAGCCUCUAAUAGAGAAGCCAGAAAAGAAAGGGAAGAAAAAGAAGCCUGUUGAAAAGGUUAAAAGCGAAAAGCCACAGUUGAUGAGAAUCAGCAUCAAAGAACAGAAACCUAUCAAAUUGAAAAUUGAGGAACCAAUUACUCCUUUGUUUGCACAGAUUAAACUGAAAAAAGCACCUAUCAAAUCAAAAAAGAAAGAAGAUAAAGAUGAAACUAAGUUUCUUAAGGUUUUAUUACGCAGUCGUAUCACAGAACACGAAUGGCCACCAUCUAUCAAAUAUCCUAUUAUUACUGAACUUGAACCUAAUUAUGUACAGAGUGGUGAACUAUCUCGCACUAUGGAAGAAGCGUUAAAACUAAAGAAAGUGAAACACAAGAAAGUGAAACUUCCAGAAAAAGAAAUAACAAAAUUGGAAAAACUGGAUCAAGAUUUCGAGAAAUUAAAGAAAGUUCCAUUAGAAAAAGUAGAAGAAAUAGCGCCGUAUGAACGUAAGCUUAAACCCAAAGAAUCUGAAGAAGAGAAACCGAAAAAAUUGAAAAUAGGCAAAGGAAAACCUCGGCCUGCGGAAGAAGAGGAGCCAGAAGUAAUCAAAUUAAAGAAAAUACCGGAAAAAGUUCCAAGUAUUUCAGAAAAACUUACUCCUAUUGCAAGAAAGAAAGAUGAAGUAGACAAACCUGAAAAAGAGAAAGAAGAGAAAGAAUAUCCUGAAGUAAAAUCAUUCGAACCAUACGAAAUAGAAACAACCGAAGUAGAAUUAGAAGAACUAGAAAAACCAGAAUAUCCAAAGAAACCAGAAAAAGUGCCUAAAAAGAUCCCAACUAAGAAACCGAAGAAGGAAUGCAAGAUACCGACUCAGGAAACUGAGGCUGUUCCAAUAGUACCCGGUGUUCCAAAAUCAAGAGAACCUGAAGAAGAAGAAGAAAUUAAGAGAAGAAUUCCUGAAUAUGAAGCUUCAACGGAAGAGCCAGAGAAAACUAAAUUAAAACCUUGGAAGAAACCUGAAGAAGGAAAAGAGCAAGAAAAGAAAUCUGAGUAUUAUCUAAAAUUCGUUCCCAAAGACGACGAUAUUGUCGAGAUUGUCGAAAUUGUCACGACUGUGAGCACGGAAGAAACACCAGAAAAGAAACAACGAAAAAUCAAAAAAAAGAAAACCACGACGAAACGUGGAGACGAAAAACCGAAAAUUGUCGAAGAGACAAUGAUAGAGGAAGAGGGUGAACCUAUAGUAACGGUCGAAGAAAUUGUCGAGGAUAAAGCCGUAUCAAUCGAAUUGAAACCUAUACCUAUCGAAGAAAUCAAAGAAGAGAUAGUAACGAGCGAGAUUAUGAGCGAGGAUGGAACAAAGAAAAUGGUGCGCAAAAAACGCGUCACGAGAAAACGCGAAGGUAAAGAACAGAUCACCGAAGAGGUGGUCGUGGAAGAGGAAGGUAAAGAACCAUUAAUAGCAACAACAGAACUUCACGAAGACACUACACGAGAAAUACACGAAAAACCAAAACACAAAAGACCAACAAAACCAAAAGCUGACGAGAAAGUGACGGAAGAUAUCACGGAGGAAGUUGUAGAACAGAAAAUUGUCGAGGAAAUCAAGAAAAUACCAAAAGUUGUCAAAAAGAUUAUUAAGAAAAAACCUCUUAAAGCUAAAGAUGAAGUAACAGAGGAAGUCGUGGAAGAAAUAAUAAUAGAGCAACCUGAUGAACAAGAAGCACAAUCAAUCGUGGAAGAACUAGAAACAGCAACAGUUACUGAACACGAUGUACGAAAGAUACCGAAGAAAAAGAAGGAGGUCAUCAUUAAGGAGGAGGAGGAGAUAUUUGAAACGAUUGAGACACCUACACAAAAAAUUAUUAGGAAGAAGAUUCGUCCUAUGAAGAAAGAAGAAGAAGAAAUCGUGGUAGAAGAAAUAAUUCAGAAACCACGCGAGGAAACGAUAGAAAUGGAGAAACAAAGAAUAGUAGAAGUAAUCGAGACACCUACAAAGAAAAUAGUGAAGAAAAUAAAAGCAGUAGUAAAAGAUGACGGUGUUCCUGAAGAGAUUGUUGAAGAAAUCGUAAUCGAGAAAUCGCAGAAAGAAAAAGCGAAACCUAUCGUGGAAGAAGAAAAGGAAAAGGUCAAAAUAACAAAAAUUGAUCUAAAACAAGCACCCAAAAAACCGGAAGAAAUAGUUGAAGAAGAAGAAGAAAUAAUUGAAACCAUUGAGACUCCAACGCAAAAGAUCAUUAAAAAGAAACCAAAAGAUAAAAAGAAGAAGAUAGUGGAAGAAGUUAUACAGAAAACAAUAGAAGAAGCAAAAGCAAUGGAAGAACAUAAAAUUGUGGAAAUCAUUGAAACACCGACAAAGAAAAUAAUCAAAAAGAAGAAAGCGAUUAUCACAGAAGGAAAAACUCCUGAAGAGGAAGUUGAAGAAAUCGUAAUUGAAAAACCUGUUAAAGAAAAAAUCCAAAAGGAUGUUGUAUCUCAAGAAGGCAUAGAAAUUACUGAAAUUAUUACGGAAACUUCUAUUGAACAGUUGCCUGAAAAGAAACCAGAAGAAAGCAAGCCCUCAGUUGUGGAAGAAGAAAAAACAGAAAUCACGCAGAUAGAAAUGAAGAAAGUACCAAAGAAGAAGAAAAAACCAAUUACAACGAUUGAAAUAGAAAAGAAAGAAGAAAUCAUAGAAGAAAUAAAACCUGAAGUGAAAAAAGAAAAAGCUAAACCGACUGAGAAAGAGAGUGUUGAAAUAACCGAAGUGAUUUCUGAAGAAAUAACAGAAAAACUUCCUGAAGAAGUUAAACUUAUGAAAAAGAAAGUUGCUAAAAUUAAGGAAACAGAAGAAAAGAUAAUAAAGAAGGAAGUAAAAGUAAAGGAAGCACCGAAGGAAGCUGUGCCUCAGACAGAAGAACAGCCAGAAGAAGAAGUACAAGAAUUAAUUACAGAAAAGCCAAAGAAAACUAAAGCAAAGAAAGAAAUCAUGUCUCAAGAUAGUAUCAUAACUACCGAAGUCAUUUCUACAAGUGCUGAAGAAACGUUAGAAAUAAAGAAACCGGAAGAAGAUAAAGCUGUAGUUACCAAAGAAAAGAAAGAGAAAGAUAAAGUAGAAGAGAAGAAAGUAAUUGUGAAAAAGGCUCCUAAAAAGAAACUUAUACCAACGGAAGCUGAAGAGGAACAAGUAGAAGAAAUAAUAGAAGAGAUGACACCAGAAGAAUUGAAAAAGAAAAAAGCUAAAAAGACUAUCCUUCCUAAGGAGGAGAUACAGAUAACCGAAAUGAUUCCUGAAGUUAAAACAGAAGAGAUAAAAGAGAAAAAACCAAAAGAAGAAAAAGCUGUUCCCAAAGAGGAAGAAAAAGUGGAAGAAAAAGCAAAGAUUACGGAAGUUUCCGUAAAGAAAGUACCCGAAGAAAAGAAAGAAAAGAAAGAAAUUGUAACGAACGGUGAGAUUAUUGGAGAAAAACCAAAAAUAAAAGAAAUUUCUGAAGAAAAACCUGAAUUAAAAGAAGCUCCAAAGGCAGAAAAACUCAAAAAAGAGAAACCAAAAGAAGAGGAAAAGAAAGCAAAGGAAGAGAAAUUGAAAAAGAAAAAAAUACCAGAAAAGAAACCUAUCGUGGAAGAGGAACAAUUCGAAGAAAGAAUAGAAGAAAUAGUAGAAGAAAAACCAAAGAAAGUCGAGCCCAAGAAAGAAAUUAUAUCAAAGAAAAGUAUAGAAACUACUGAAAUUACUUCAGAAACUGUUGCCGAAGAAUUAUCAACGACGAAACCUGAGGAACACAAAGCAAUACCUGUCGAAGAAAAAUCAGAUGAAAAAGUUACAGUUGUAGAAGUCUCAAUAGAAAAAGCUCUAGAAAAGAAAGAGAAAAAAAUACCAGAAGAAAAACCAAUCGAGGAAAUUCCUGAGAAACCAAAGGAAAUAAAGAAGAAGAAGAAAAAGAAGGUAGUUAAGAAAGAUGAUAUCGAAGAAUGGAUAGAACCAGAAUAUGAACGACCAGUAUUGGAACCUAUGCCUGAGAAGAUACAAUGGGAACCAAAGAAGAAAAAAGUAAAGAAACCUUUACCAGAAUCCUUGCAGAAACUGGUACCUCAGAAAAUCGAAAGAAAAGAGAUUAAACCCACGAAGUUAAAAUAUUCAGAACCUACAGAAACUGUUCAGUUUGCUGCAAUUAAAUUAAAGAAAGUAGUAAUUCCGAAAAAGAAAGAAAUUGAAGAAGCCAAAUUUCCGAAAAUUAUGUUACGAAGCAGAAUUACAUUUGUCGGAGAUUAUCCACCUGAAAUACAAUAUCCAAAGAUAACUGAACUGGAAGAAAAUCCAGUUCAAACGGGUAUUCUGUCUAGAAAUACGGAAGAAGCUCUUGAAAUUCUAAGGAAGAAAGUGAAGAAGAUUAAACUUCCCAAGAAAGAAGUCACAGAAUUAGAAAAAUUGGACCAAGAAUUCGAAGAAUUGAAAAAGGUUCCUUUGGAAAAAAUAGAAGAUAAAUCGAUAUAUGAACGUCCACCAAAAAAACCUGCGGAAAAACCAGAAGAACCACAAAAGUUAAUUAUUGGAAAAGGUAAGGUGCCGGAAGAAAAGAAAACAGAACCUGAAAUGAUGAAAUUAAAAAAGAUUCCUGAAAAGAAACCGGAAAAAAUUGAAGAACCGUUGAAGAAACCGGACAAACCAGAAUCUGAAGAGGAAGUUAAGCCAGGAAAGAAAGAGAAACCAAAAAUGAAAUUAGAACACGAAGAAUUGAGACCAUUAGAAUUUGACAAACCAGAGCUCGAAAAAUAUAUGCCCGAAGAACGUGAGAAAUCAGAAAAACCGGCACCAGAACCAGUACCAAAACCAUAUGAAAGAGAGAAAAAGAAAAAACCAGAUCAAGAAAUAGAACAAAUUCCAUUGAUAAAAGGAGAACCUAAACCACCAGAACCAGACAAAGAACCGGAAGUUAAAUUUAGAAUACCUCAAAAAGAAAAACCAGAGGAAGAACCGGAAAUGAUAACAUUGAAAGGCUGGAAAAAAGAUAAACCUGAGGAUGAAGGUGUCAAAGAAUUUCCAGUGAAGGAAGAAGAAGAAGCUCCUACGGAACCUAAAGAAGCGGAACAGAUCAUUCUGAAGCGCAAAGUAAAACCAAAGAAACCUAAAGAAGAAACUCCUAAGGAGGAGGAAGUGACAUUCGAAAAACCAGAAGAAAAGAAAGAAGUUCCAGAAGUAAUUGAAGAAAUCAUGCUAAAGAAAAAACCUGAGAAACCAAUAGAAGAAGUCCCAACAGAAAUAUUUAUUAAGAAACCAAUUGUAGAGGAAAAAGAAGCAGAAGAAGAGGAAACAAUUACUGAAGUAACAUUGAAGAAACCAGAAGAAAAGAUACCUGAGGAAAUAAUUGAAGAAAUAAAGAAACCUAAAGAAAAGAAACCUGUGAAGGAAAAAGCUAUUGAUGAAAUCACUGUAAAGAAACCUAUUGUGGAAGAAAAGAAGGAAGAGAAAAUUCCUGAACAAAUAACACUCAAGAAAAAGAAACCAAAAGAAAAACCAGUUCCAAAGGAAAUAGAAGAAGAGGUUACAUUGAAAAAACCAGUACCAAAAGAAAAAGUGCCGGAAGAAGUAAGCGAACAAGUAGAGAUAAAGAAACCGAAAAAGAAAAAAUCUAUAGAAGAAGAGACAGCUGAUGAAGUCACUAUUAAGAAACCUAUGCCUGUAGAAAAAGAAGAAGAAGAGAUUAUAGAGGAGGUUACAUUGAAAAAGAAGAAACCUAAAGAAAAACCAGUAUUAGAAGAAGUGAAGGAAGAGGUUACAUUGAAAAAACCAGUACCAAAAGAAAAAAUGGCGGAAGAAGUAAGCGAACAAGUAGAGAUAAAGAAACCGAAAAAGAAAAAACCGGUAGAAGAAGAGGCAGCUGAUGAAGUCACUAUUAAGAAACCUAUGCCUGUAGAAAAAGAAGAAGAAGAGAUUAUCGAGGAGGUUACAUUGAAAAAGAAGAAACCUAAAGAAAAACCAGUAUUAGAAGAAGUGAAGGAAGAGGUUACAUUGAAAAAACCAGUACCAAAAGAAAAAAUGGCGGAAGAAGUAAGCGAACAAGUAGAGAUAAAGAAACCGAAAAAGAAAAAACCGGUAGAAGAAGAGGCAGCUGAUGAAGUCACUAUUAAGAAACCUAUGCCUGUAGAAAAAGAAGAAGAAGAGAUUAUCGAGGAGGUUACAUUGAAAAAGAAGAAACCUAAAGAAAAACCAGUAUUAGAAGAAGUGAAGGAAGAGGUUACAUUGAAAAAACCAGUACCAAAAGAAAAAAUGGCGGAAGAAGUAAGCGAACAAGUAGAGAUAAAGAAACCGAAAAAGAAAAAACCGGUAGAAGAAGAGGCAGCUGAUGAAGUCACUAUUAAGAAACCUAUGCCUGUAGAAAAAGAAGAAGAAGAGAUUAUCGAGGAGGUUACAUUGAAAAAGAAGAAACCUAAAGAAAAACCAGUAUUAGAAGAAGUGAAGGAAGAGGUUACAUUGAAAAAACCAGUACCAAAAGAAAAAAUGGCGGAAGAAGUAAGCGAACAAGUAGAGAUAAAGAAACCGAAAAAGAAAAAACCGGUAGAAGAAGAGGCAGCUGAUGAAGUCACUAUCAAGAAAUCUGUGCCUGUAGAAAAAGAAGAAGAAGAGAUUACAGAGGAGAUUACAUUGAAAAAGAAGAAACCGAAAGAGAAACCAGUUCCAGAAGAAGUAACGGAAGAAGUUACAUUCAAAAAACCAAAAGAAGAAGAAAAAAUACCUGAAGAAGUAACCGAAAAAGUAGAAGUGAAAAAACCUAAGGAGAAAAAGCCGGCAAUAGAAGAGGCUGCCGAUGAAAUAACGAUCAAAAAGAUCGUUGAAGAAGAAAAGAAGGAAGAGGAGGCUCCUGAGGAAGUUAUAUUAAGACCAAAACCGAAGAAGAAAUCAGUCGUAGAAGAAGAAGAAGAGGUCGCUGAAGUAAUCAUCACAAAACCGAAACCAGUCGAAGAAGAAAAGACAUCGGAAGAAGUUGAAGUAUCUCUGAAAAAACCAAAAAAGAAACCGGUUGUAGAGGAAGAAGCUGCCGAUGUGACUAUCAAAAAAUUAAUUCCUACAGAGGAUGAGGAAGUGCCUGAAGAAUUUACUAUUAAGAAAAAGAAGAAACCAGAAAAGAAACCGACGGAAGAGGUCGAAGAAACUGCCAUGACCAUAAAGAAAGUUCGUGUUCCCGAGGAACCAAAAGAAGAAGAGGAAGUGUCGACUGAAAUACAAAUAAAGAAGAAGAAACCAGAACAGAAGAUCAAAAAAGAAGUGGCUGAAGAACUAACCAUUAAAAAGUUCGAAGAAAUGAAACAGCCUGAAGAAGAAGAAGAAGUGCAAGAAUUCACAGUAAAACGAAAACCUCCGAAGCAGCCCCCUAAACCGAUCGAAGAGAUCUAUGAAGAUGUUACUCUUCGAAAAUUACGUCCAAAGAGAAAACCAAGGCCAGAUAUCAAUGAGGUGACCGAGGUAGAAAAUGUAACGUUCCGACCACGGUCCACGAAGACGAAAGAAGACGUAGAACAAGAAUUCAAGAUCUCGUUGAACACCUACGAGGAAGAAGAUAUUUCGAUGUCCGGUAAAGUUCGAUUGAAACCCAAGAAACGGCCAAUGACAUUCUCUGAAGAGACUGGAGAAGAAACGAUCAAGAUAAUACAGGAAAUCGAGGAUGAUUCCGGGCCUAUCAUAGAAGAGAUCAUAGAAUCGGAUGAAGAGGCCAAAGAUCAAUACAGUAUCGAGGAAUUGGAAACUGACGAAAUGAGGCUUCCAUUCAAAAGGAGGAAAAAGAAGGAACCUAAACCAUAUAAAGUGGAAGAUGUCGAGGAGGGUGACGUGAAAUUGAAACUGAAACACGAAAGGAAAUACUCCAUAGAGGAAGCUGACGAAACGUUGGCGUUGAAGUUGAAGGCCAAAAGACGCGUGUCCACUUACGAAGAAGAAGAGGCCUCGCUUAGUAUCACCAGAGAAGAAGAUAUUUCAGAGGGAGAAGAAAUCGAAUACGUUGUCCGCGAUGGCGACACAAUGUUCUCGAUUUGCUCGUAUGUGGCAGAAACCGACGAAGCCAUUAACCUCGUUGAAGGAGAAAGAGUUUACAUUAUCGACCACACGAAUCAGGAUUGGUGGUUCGUGAAAAAACAUUUGACAGAAGAAAAAGGUUGGGUUCCAGCGCAAUAUCUUCUCAACGAAGUCCAUUAUACUCAUUAUCUGCAACGCAAAUUACACGAGAAAAUUGAUAAAUUACCUGUAUUUGAAAAACCUGGGCCUGGAGAGAAAACAUCAGCACCGAGAUUCAUCGAAAAAUUGCAGCCAAUUCAUACACCAGAUGGUUACACGGUUCAAUUCGAAUGUCAAGUGGAAGGUUUACCAAGACCUCAGAUAACAUGGUUCCGACAAACUGCCAUCAUCAAACCAUCCCCUGACUUCCAAAUGUACUACGAUGAUGAUAAUGUAGCAACUUUGAUCAUCAGGGAAGUAUUCCCUGAAGAUGCCGGCACUUUCACUUGUGUUGCCAAAAACGCUGCUGGUUUCGCUUCCAGUACUACGGAAUUGAUCGUAGAAGCGCCUCUUUCUGAUCAUGGAUCAGAUCUAACUGGUCCAUCCAGAAAGAGUCUGUCAAGAGAAUCAUCGCUCGCUGAUAUCUUGGAAGGAAUACCACCGACGUUCUCCCGAAAACCAAAAGCGAAAUAUGUCAACGAGGGUGAAGAUGUGAUAUUGGAAUGUCGAUUAGUAGCAGUACCGGAACCUGAAAUAACGUGGUACUACAAGGAUACGCAGAUCACAACCAAAGAGAACAUCGUAGUUGCUACUGAAAGUGAUAUGCAUAUGUACUGCAGUGUGAUUAAAAUUACCAAAGUGCAAAAGAAACAGGAAGGAAAAUACACCAUUGUCGCUAAAAACAGGGAAGGUGAAGCUACCAUUGAAAUUCCUAUGAAGGUGAAGACUGGUAAACACGAACCACCAGAGAUUCUAGAGCCAUUGCAAUCAUACGUAGUACGAGAGGGUGAAACCGUGGUAUUGUCGACACAAAUCGUAGGAAAUCCAGCUCCUAAAGUGACUUGGUACAAGAAUGGUAAACCAUUGAAGGAUCUGAUCCCGAAACAAGAUGGCCACGUGAACACGUUAACGUUGAUUCAGCCCCAAGUAUCUGAUAGUGGAGAUUAUUCUGUCACAGCCAUUAACGAUCUUGGCAAGGUCGAAACGAAAGCUACAUUGACAGUUGAAAUAAACUUGAAUCCUUCGCUGACCAUUAGCUUCCAACAACACGCGUACGAACACUACACUUUAACCAAGGAGAUACCAAGUGGAGCACCAGAACCGCCACUCUUCACGGAACGAUUCCAAGAACUUACUGUUCCGCAAAAAGGUACCUUCAAAUUGGUCGCAAAGGUUACUGGAAAUCCUGUACCGGAAGUCACGUGGUUAAGAAAUAAUAAACCCUUGGAAAAAUCACCCAAUAUCAUUGAAACUUAUGACGGUGAGAACAUCGUGCUGGAGAUCAGGAACGCGGAUUCAGAGGUGGAUGCAGGAGAUUAUAAAUGCAUCGCUAGUAAUCCAGUUGGAAAAGCCUCUCACGGUGCCAAAGUUACAGUGGAUGUGGAAAAGGUAACGUUCACGAAAACUCUGGAGAAAGAAGUGAUCGUCGACGAGUACAAGACCUUGGAAUUGAUCUGCGAAACAUCGCACACGGUAUCGACGAAAUGGUGGCACAACGAUAAAGAGAUCAGUGGAAUGGAUCAUCGUGAAAUUAUUCAAGAAGGACGAGUGCACAAGUUGAUGAUCAAGAGAACUAGUCCUACUGAUGAAGGAACUUACAAAUGCACUGUGAAGAAUCAAUCAACAUCAAGUAAAGUUACUGUAAAAGCUACCAAACCAGAGUUCGUGAAGAAGUUACAAGACUGCGAAGUAAAGGAGCGUGACGUCGCCAUUUUGGAAGUCGAGAUCACGUCGCAGACAGCGGACGUGAAAUGGUUCAAGGAUGGCGAGUCUUUGGGACCAAGUAAAGAAAAAUUAGAAUUCGUGAAAGAUGGCACCAUUAGAAAAUUACUAAUCAGAAGCACAUCCGUCCAUGAUGAAGGAGAAUACACGUGCACCCUUAUGGAUGAGAAAUGUACAGCAGAAGUCACUGUUAUUGAAUUACCACCGGAAAUCAUCACGAAGAUGCAAGACGUGACAAUAGCAAGAGGCGAGAGAGCGAUUUUCGAGAUAGAAUUAACGAAAGGAGACGCUUUGGUUCGAUGGUUCAAAGAUGGCCAAGAACUACAAUUUUCUGAACACGUACAAUUGUCGAUAGAUGGCAAGAGGCAGAGAUUGAAGAUAUAUGACACGGAACCAGAAGAUGCGGGUGUUUAUUCCUGCGAAGUCGGUCAACAAAAAUCAUCUGCCAAGUUAAUUGUGGAAGAACCAGGCGUGGACUUUAUCACUAGAUUACCAGAUGUCACUCUUGUACCGUUGAAUGCAGAUGCCAUUUUCGUCAUUGAAAUAUCGAGGGAUGUUCCAGUUACAUGGAUGAGGAAAUCUGAAGUAAUUAAGGAAUCAUCGAAAUAUAAUAUCGUCGAUGAAGGCACAGUGAAGAAACUGAUAGUGAAGAAAUGUACCACUAAAGAUAUUUCAGAAUACACAGCUGCUGUAACAAAUGUGAAAACAUCAUCGAAAUUAAGGGUCGAAGUCAUUGAAGUAGCGCCAAAGAUUAGUCCAGACACACCCAAGAAGUACAAGGUGAGAAAGGGUGAAGAUGUCGAAAUAGUGGUGAAAUUCAGCGCGACACCGAAACCGAAUGACGAAUGGACAGUGAAUGGUCAUGUGGUUACAAAAUCAAAACGUGUUAUGCCAUUGAUCGAUGAAGAAUCCGCGGUCUUAACUAUCAGAAAGAUCCAAGAAGAAGACGUUGGUGAUUAUACUCUGAAACUGGUGAACAAUGUUGGAGAGGCUAGCAUAGAAAUCAACGUCGUCAUCGUUCAGGUACCAAGUGCACCUGGAGCACCAGAACCACUGGAAGUAACUGAGAACAGUGUUACACUUCACUGGAAGAAACCAGAUUCAAAUGGAAACUCGCCUAUUGUCGAGUAUAUUCUGGAGCAUCAAGAAAAGACUGAAACUACGUGGACCAAAGUUGUAGAAACGAUAAAGGAAACAACUCACAAAGUAACGAAAUUAACAACGAACAAAGAAUAUACUUUCCGUGUAACAGCUGCAAACGAAGCUGGACCAGGCGAAACAUCACCAACUUCUCCAUACAUAAAGAUAACAAAACCAUCGGCUGCAGAACCACCAAUUAUCUUAGAACCUCUGAAGAGUGUUGUCGUUGGCCUUGGAGAAACCGUCAGUUUAACUUGCGUCAUUGGUGGAACUCCGGCGCCUGAGAUUACUUGGUUAAGAAAUGGAGAAAUUUUCGAAGAUACCAAUAUCACGUAUGAAAACCGUAUGUCCAAGUACACCAUCACGAGGACAACAGAAACUUCAUCGGCAAGCUUCACUGUGAAAGCGAAAAACGAUAUAGGAACAGCGGAAACAACGUGCGAGUUGAAGGUGCAAGAACCGCCUAAGAUCACUUACGACGAAACAUUGGCAAGCCAAAAUCUUCCCGUGAACGGUCAAUGGAAGAUCGAGAUUCAGACGAGCGGAUUCCCAAAACCGGAAGUAACGUGGUUGAAGAGCAACAAGAAGAUAGUCGACAAACGUGUGUCUAUUGAAACGGUGGAAAAUACANNUACCAUCUUUAUUUCUUCGCUUAGCAGGGAAGAUAGCGCCACUUACACGGUGAAGGCUGUGAAUGAAGCUGGCAGCUCUUCGGUUGAAUUACAUCUUAGAGUAAUAGAUAAGCCUAGCAAGCCUCAAGGACCAGUGGUCUUUAAAGAAAUCAGGCAAGAUCGUGUCACUAUCGAAUGGCGGCCACCGGAAGACGAUGGUGGAAUCGAACUUGAGAAGUACACGAUUGAGAAGUACGAACCUGGCAAGACUUGGACGAAAGUGGUCGAUAUCGAUAAAGAAGUAGAAAGUUUCUGCGUGCACAAAUUGCAACAGAAUGCCGAGUAUAAGUUCAGAAUCAUCGCCAGGAACGCUGUUGGAGCCUCUGAACCUCUGGAAUCGGAAAUAGUCAAAAUGAGGACUUCCUUCGAACCACCUGGACCACCAAGAGGACCUCUGGAAGUAUCAGGAAUGACGAAAACAUCGUUCACGAUAAAAUGGCAGGCUCCAGAAAAUGAUGGUGGAACACCAAUAACAGAAUACAUCAUUGAGAUUAAAGAAGAAUCGAAGAAAGCUUGGCAAAAAAUCGGCAGCACAAAGCACGAAACGACACAAUUCGGCGUAUCGAAUCUAAAGACAGAUGUGCCAUACAACUUUAGGAUAACAGCUAAGAACAGCGUUGGAACUGGUCCUCCUUACGUGGCUGAAGAACCAAUUGCACCAGGCAGACGAAUCAAAAUAACAAAAAUGACCGAAAGCACUAUGUACGCUCUGCUUGGUAUAUUUCCGCCGACGAAAAUAAUUAUCAGCAAAACACCACCAUCGAGUCCGCAACAUGUGCAAGUGAUAAAUGUUACCAGCAAGAGCGUAACGCUCAGUUGGUCUCCACCAGCCAGCAAUGGAGGAACAGAACUCACAGGAUACAUAAUCGAAAAGAGGCCAUUGAUUGGAAAAGGAGCAAGAUGGACGAAAGUUGUCACCCUGGACGCUACGACGCUUCAAUAUUGUAUAGAGAAUUUGAAAGAGAGCGAAUUUAUCUUCAGAAUCUUCGCUGAGAACAACAUAGGACUCAGUUUACCUACAAAUUCAGAACCAGUUACCUUGAUGACACAUGCUAAUGUUCCAUCACCACCAACUGCACCAUUGGAAAUCAGGCAAAUUGCAGCAAACACAGUCGUUAUUUCGUGGGGUAGGCCGGAAUCAGAUGGCGGUGCGCCAUUGGAAAGUUACAAAAUUGCUAUUAGGGAUGCAAAGAAGACCAUGUGGAUGGAAGUAGGCAGAGUGAACGCAGAUACACAGAAAUUGAAUAUCAGGGAUCUUCAGGAAAAUCACAUGUACCUAAUCAGGAUCUUUGCCAAAAACGAAGUCGGUCUCAGUGAUCCUCUAGAAUCUGAUGAACCUGUCAAAAUCAUACCAGCUUCCGAAUUAGCCGUAGUGGAGCCAAUCGCAGAAAUGACCGAAAAAGGUGAAACUGCAUCGGUCAGUUUUAGCACAGAGAACACGAGUUCUUGGCUACGCGAGCACAACAUGGACGCUGAUAUCCAUUCGUACGCGAGAGCAAGACUUCUUAGACAAGACGAGUACUUCUUCCGCAUUUGGCAUUACGCUAAGAAACUUUUCGAAUAAGCAUUUCUACGAUUUAACGAUGAAAUGAAAAACGAAGAACGAAAUUCACAUUCUUUCUUCAUUUUAUCGAGGACCAUAACAUAUAAUUUAACGCAUUAGCGAGACAAAGAAAACGAAAUAAUAAUGGACAGAUUCUUUUUAUUAAUUUAACGCGUUAUAGAGAUAUUUCGUUCUUUUUCUCUUCUGUCCUUUUUUUUCUUCAACGAAAUUUGAGAGAAUCGUAUUUCUAUAAAAGUCGAAAAUUAUUUUCCUCUUUCACGAAACUUUUUAUUCUAGCGUCAGAUAUUUGAUCUCUCACGUGAACACCGUAUAUACUUAUAAUAUACGAAAUAUUAAUGACACUCUUACAUCGUUCCUCUUUUAGAAUCAUGCGUAUAGAGACUAGAUUUAUUUUAAGGAUCGAUAUUGGAUGGGUGUAGAAUCUAGUCAGCGUAGAAUAAUGAUAUUAUUAUUAUUAUU